UUGAAACCAAUAUGUCUGCGCCCAGGUGAUGCAAUGUGUAGGAAACGUGUUCUUGCACAAAUCGCCUUUACUGUUGCAUAUUUUGAUUAUUCGUUACAAGACAUGUUAUGAUCAGAAGAUAUUUAUCGAGACUCCGUCAAUGUAAGAAAAGCACCAUGGCUAAAAUCAUCCAUGUUGACCUGGACGGCCCCAACUCACAAAAUGACAUUAUGCAGAGUGUGAUGUCGGGGGCCAAGAGUUUGCUGGCUGGUCAUGUGGUAGCAGUUCCUACAGACACAGUUUACGGAGUGGCAGGACUCGCUCAAAACAGUAAUGCUGUAACAGAAAUCUACAACAUUAAACAGAGGAACUUCAGUAACCCUAUAGCCAUCAGUGUGGGGGACAUUCAGGAUAUUUACAGAUGGAGCAAGGUGACUGUCUCAGAGGAGGUGUUGCAGGAUCUCCUUCCAGGUCCCGUUACCGUGGUGAUGCAGAGGAGCAAGGAACUCAACCCGGAACUCAACCCAAACACAGAGCUGGUCGGAGUCCGCAUCCCUGACCAUGAUUUCAUCAGAGCACUCUGCAGAAGUUGUGGAGGACCAAUAGCACUGACAAGUGCCAACUCUAGUGGAUCUCAAAGCACCCUAUCUGUUGAGGAAUUCCAGUCGUUGUGGCCUAGACUAGAUCUGAUAUUUGAUGGCGGUCGACUUGGCGACACAGACAAGUCGAGACUCGGGUCGACAGUUGUUGACCUCUCCGUGGAGGGCAAGUUCCGCAUCAUCAGGGAGGGCAGUGCCUAUCAAGCCACAGUGGACUUGCUCAGGAACAAACACAAGAUAGAAGAAAUACUCAAGAUCUUAUAGCAUAAUUAUUAUAUGACGACCAAAUCUUUUAUUGACAUUGUUUUGUACAAAUGAUAUAUUUAUAUCCAUGUGAUGGAUCUGUUUAUUUUUUAUCCUUCAUAUGUACAAGAUUUUAGGUUGCUCAUUCAUCUUAUUUUAAAGAGGAUGUUUACAACAAUGUUUCUAAUAUAUUCAUGUAACAGAUAAUGUCAGGGGUCAUGUAUCACGAUGCCAGAGUUUCAUCACUCAUGUGUGAAGUAUUACUGUUCUGUGACCCUGAUGACAGUCUGUGUGGUCAAGUGGAUAGAGCGUUUGCCUGGAGAGUGGAAAUUUUGGGGGUUUGAUCCCCGGCUGCAUCGUCGAAAAGACCUUUGUAGAUGGUACUUGUUGUUACUUUGCCUGGUGCUUGACGUUAAGGGCUAACACAAGGAGUCCAUGCUAAACUGCAGCACAUGAUCUCAGUGGGCUAGCACUAUAAAACCAGACGAGUACAAGCAGCCACACACAUAUAUGCAUUCACAGCACUGUAUAAGUGUUAUAUUCUUGAACACGAUAUUAAACCCCAUUUCAUGGUACUUGCCGUGCUGGUCUUUGUCAGCUCCAUCAGAGAGGUUCUUGCUCUCAAACAGUUUGUGUUUAAAUCUCAUGGUAUGGAUGGAUACAUCAGUGACAUCCUCAGAGACAGCCAUAGCCAUGUCAGGUUGUGUGGCCUCUGUAUAGUCAUCGGUCAUGGCAAGUAGGUUUCCUUUUAAAAUUAGGAUGUAGGUUUCCUUUUAAAAUUAGGAUGGCUUUUGUUGCCAAAAUGUACAGGAGUGGACUGAGUAUAUAACUUAUAGCUCACCUGACUGACGGACAAGAGAACUUCUGUUGUCAAAAUGUAAUUGUGGCCCUCUACAUAUAUAAAUAUGCAUGUAUCAAACAUGCUGUAAACAAUUCUGUUGCGUAGAAAUACUUCUAGUUUGUUUUUAGUUUAUUGUUCUCAUAUUUGUCUGAUCUAGUAUAGUUAUCGAGAAUGUCAGGUGAGCUACAGUGCCUUGUGGCUCUAUUGUGAGGAAACAUCUCCACAUGUACAGUGCUUAUUAUUUGACAAAGAGUUGUUGUGACCGAUGUCCACUGAGAGACUUGUCAGCUCUCGUCCUCCCCAUGACGUGUUGUGUGGCAAGCAGUUUACAGCAUUUGGAUCUAUAGUGAUAGCUAGGUCUGGACCAACGUCUACAACAAGGGCUUAAUUGAUAUAAUAUAUAGGGCCAAGCUAAUCUACUUACUUGUUUGAGAUAUUUCAGGACAAUCUGUGAACAUGGUCACUGUGAAAUUAAAUACAAUAAAUAGAUAAUUUAGAUUGGUAAAAAAUAUGAAAUGUUUCUUCAAAACUACUUGUGACUACUUACAUGAUGGAACAGCAUUGAAUGACCGCCCCGGUUUAUAUUUUCAGAAUUGGUGGUAGAAUUAGGUAUAUGUUGGUAGGAACUUUGACAUCACGCCAACAUAUACACGCGGGCAUUAAUGAAGCACCAUCCACUCUUUCGGAUAUAUGCUGCAUGAAAAACUCACUUGUGUGAUUCAGUGUUGGGAACCCGACAAAAGAGUAAUAUUUUUACAAACAGAUCACCUGGAGGUACCAUCGCACAAAUAAUGAAGCUGAUGCAAAGAAGUCUAAGAAUGUUUAUUUCAACAACUCAGAAAUUAACUGCACCCGCCCCUCGAAUCAGAUUGUCACAUUAUGCAGUGGAAAAAACGAUCAUUGUUAACCGAGGGAUCACCCCUGACUCUGCAAUCAGUAUCUGGAGUGUCUACCCCUCUCAUGGAUGACAUUCGUGAGGCAUCUCCUGAUGAGUGAGUGAGUGAGUAUGGUUUUACGCCGUUUUUAGCAAUAUUCCAGCAAUAUCACGGCGGGGGACACCAGAAAUGGGCUUCACACAUUGUACCCAUGUCCGGAAUCGAACCGGGUCUUGGGCGUGACUAGCGAACGCUUUAACCACUAGGCUACCCGACUGCCCCUUCCUGAUGGGUCAGACGUCUGAUUUUCAACAGCAUGUAUAGUUAGACAUCACAGUGAAGGCAGUGUCAAGCAGUUCAGUGUCUUAGUACAGUGGUAUACACCUUUGGUCACAUACAAUUAGUCCAGAAUUCAUUUCAGACUCAUGGCAUUUGCAAAAUAACUAGAUUUAGGGAGAAAAUAACUAGCCCCUCUAGAUUUUCACAUGUCUUGGACUAACGGACAAGUGUCCGUGUCUUUCCCUGUAGAAUAAGCAUUUGUUUAGUGUGUUGGGAAUCUAUAUAAAUUCCCCCUGUAUCACUAGAUUUGGUAGUAGAUAUGAUGUAUAACUCAGGGGAAGCACCAACCACCAUAUAAAAUGGCUUGGCUCACAAACUUGUAUCAUCUUAUAUUUUAUCUUUUAUUUUUUUUAAAAUGGCUGAUGUUUCUUUUACAAAUAAACUACUGAGAUUUCA